AUGAGUUAUUGGUCAGUAUGGAUGUUGCUACUUGCCGUGGUGGUCAGCACUGCUAUGGCCCAGAUUUGUACCCCAGAACGCGGAUACGAAGGGUACACGUACGUCGUCUAUGACCAAUCCGACGUGGACGAAAUUACAGCACAGUGUACGACUGUCAACGGGAGCAUUGCCAUGGCUUAUAACUACACAGGGGGCUUCCACCUCCCCAACAUCCGAAACGUCACACGUAGCAUCGACUGGGUCCAAAGCCGCCAUUUUGGCAGUUUUCCGAACACGACGUCUGUCGAUUUACCCGAUCUCGAGUUCCUAGGUGGAAGUCUGGGGUUGAACAACCUUCCAAUUCUGCAGAAGGUUACUGCACCGAAACUGGAGACCGUGGGUUGGUCUGCGGACAUUGGUUACGCCCGGGAGGUGGAUCUGCGAUCGUUGGUCGAAUCGGAGUACUUGCAGGUCCGGGGGAAUGUCUCAACCUUACGCCUCGACUCCUUGCGACAGGUCCGUCAACGGAUGUUGAUCUGUAACCGGGAUGAGUGUGAUCCAGAGAAACCGCCCCACGACGCUUUGGAUCUUUCCCUCCCAUCACUGAAUGAUGUGGGCCAUCUGUACUUGAAGGGAAGGUUCUCGAGCUUGGACACACCAAAGCUCGCGAAUAUCACUGGCGCUGGUCUAGAUUACUAUGGUAUUCAGGUCCUCACGGCAGGAGGACCGGCGAUUGACCUCUCCUUCCCUGAGCUUAAAUACAUCCGAUCUGGGAGUCUCUCCCUGGAGGGCAACAUUGCAAGCAUAUCGAUGCCGAACAUAAGCAAAUUGACUGUCUGGCUUACUGUAAAAGCCUAUGAUGGGCUUGAUGUUGACCUCCCUUUCCAGGAGGCAGACACCAUUGUGUUGUCAGGUAACAUCUCAAGUGUCCAAUUUCCGAAUUUAAGGUCUGUCGAUACGUUCCAGGUUAACACGAUUACCUCCCUCGACUGCGAAUCCUUGGAGGAGACAAUCAUGACAGCGACAAAUGCAUCGGAUUAUCGGAUAACAUGUAAGGCGGAGAAUUCGUCCUCGCGUCUUGGGCUUAACGUUGGCACUACAAUCGCGUUUGCCAGCGCGAUAGUUGUUGUUUUUGGGCUAGCGAUGUAG